AGAGCUGGAAGCUACACGUGGCACAAGCAAACAGGUGAAGCACAUGGCCUUGAGUGGCGAAGGAGCUGUUGCACGUGUGUCGAGGCGGGUCAUGUCUGCACCUGCCCCAGGCACUUGGCAGAUUAGCAAGGCAGGCUAGCAGGGCCUGUGUGUGGGAGGCAGCUAGCAGCAGCACCAUGUGCCGACGACCUCAGCCACACUCCCCCCUGGUUAGCAGUGAGUGUCAGAACCACCCCCAGAACCUCAGUUAAGCAAAAGGUUUAGUUUCCAUGGAGACACAGCAUCCUUUCUCCAUAGCAACCUGAAAUUACAAAACCCAAGUUAGGUUCAGGAAUGAGUCAUCUGUGACCAGUAGGGGGUGCUCUCCCACAAGGCUGGCCCCCUCCACAGGCAGGAGCAGAUGAGCAAGUGACCGCAGACUUCUUAAGGUGACCCAGGGGUGAGGCUUGGGCCUAUGGGCACUUGGUCUGCCCUGUGUAACUCCUCCCUACCCAGCUGCAUAGUGUGAGGAGGCUGUCGGAAGCACUGUAUGGAGGUGCUCCUCCCACAGCUGGAACCCCAAUAGUGACCUUAACAUGGAGGGGGGACCCUGCCAUUCAAGGCUGGACCCGGAACAGAAGAGGUGGACACUGGCCACAUGGAAUGGACAUACAAGAGUUAACUGGCGGGGUGUGACAGGGUGAACCGCCUUCAGGAAGCGUUACUCACCGCCAGGAAUGUGCACGCCUGUGCCUUGGGGGUUGGAUUCUCUUCCUGAGUCCCAGGAGAAGCUGAAGGAGCUCCCAGCCAUGGAGGACCCUGGGGAGACAGGAGCACACCCUCUGGGAGCUACCAACCUCAACUUUGUUCCUGGGCACCAACAGAAAGAAAAGCCAUCUCCAGACCCGCUGUAUGACACACCUGAUGCCCGCGGGGCCCAGGCAAGUGGGUCCCAACAACCAGCUCGCGCUGUGAGCCUGCGGGAGCGGCUGCUGAUCACCCGGCCCGUGUGGUUCCAGUUGCGGGCCAACGCUGCGGCCGCACUGCACGUGCUGAGGACAGAGCCUCCAGGGACCUUCCUGGUACGGAAAUCUAACACUCGCCAGUGCCAAGCUCUGUGUGUGCGGCUGCCAGAAGCCAGUGGCCCUUCCUUUGUCUCCAGCCACUAUAUCCAAGAGAGCCCUGGCGGCGUCUCUUUGGAGGGUUCAGAGCUCAUGUUCCAGGACCUGGUCCAGCUCAUCUGUGCAUACUGCCACACCAGGGACAUUCUUCUCCUGCCGCUCCGGCUCCCCAGAUCCAUUCAUCAGGCAGCCAGCCACAAGGAGCUGGAGGCCAUCUCCCAUCUGGGCAUGGAGUUCUGGAGCUCCUCCCUCAACACCAAGGCUCAGCAGGGGCCUUCUGAAGCCCCAUCGAUACCCAGGCUGAAGGCUCGCUCCCCUCAAGAACUGGAUCAGGGCACCGGUGCAGCCCUCUGCUUCUUCAACCCCCUCUUCCCAGGGGAUCUGGGCCCCACCAAACGGGAGAAAUUCAAGAGGAGUUUUAAAGUGCGUGUGUCCACAGAGACCUCCAGUCCUCUGUCUCCACCUGCUGUGCCGCCUCCUCCAGUUCCAGUACUGCCAGGGACGUCUUCCAGCCCAGCAGAAAGACAGCCCCCUGGACAGCUGCUGCAGAGGGAGAGCUCAGUGGGGUAUCGUGUGCCAGGGAGUGCUUCCGGCCCUAGCCUUCCUCCCCUGCCUUCACUUCAGGAGGUGGACUGCUGCUCCCCCAGUAGCUCAGAGGAGGAAGAUUCUGCAGGAAGCCCCACAACCUCCCCAUUCCUGGGCCGCCCAAGGCAGCGGCGGCCUCUGCUUCGGUCCAUGAGUUCCGCUUUCUGCUCUCUGCUGGCACCGGAGAGGCAGGUUGGCCGGGCAGCCACAAUGCUAAUGCAAAACCGGUACACAGCUGUGGGUCAGCUAGUGCAGGACCUGCUGACCCAGGUUCGGGCUGGUCCCGAGCCCCGGGAGUUGCAGUACAUCCGGCAGGCCUUAAGCCGGGCCCGGGCCAUGCUGAGUGCAGAGCUGGGCCCCGAGAAGCUGCUCUCACCGGAGAGGCUGGAGUUGGUCCUGGAGAAGUCCCUACACCGCUCUGUCCUCAAGCCUCUUCGACCUAUCCUAGCUGCCCGCCUGCGGCGCCGGCUUUCCACAGAUGGUUCCCUCGGCCGCCUAGCUGAGGGCUUCCACCUGGCCCGGACCCAGGGCCCUGGAGCCUUGGGGUCCCACCUGCGCCUCUCCUCCCCAGUGGAGACAGAGCAGGUGCGCCAGAGACUGCUUCAGCUGCUUGGCACCUAUUCGCCCGUCGCCCAGAUCAAGUGGCUCUUGCAGGCCUGCAAGUUGCUCUACACGGCCCUGAAAACCCAGGCGGGGGAGAAAGCUGGCGCGGAUGAGUUUCUGCCUCUGCUGAGCCUUGUCUUGGCCCAGUGCGACCUUCCUGACCUCCUGUUAGAAGCUGAGUACAUGUCGGAGCUGCUGGAGCCUACCCUGCUCACCGGAGAGGGUGGUUACUACCUGACCAGCCUCUCAGCCAGCCUGGCCUUGCUGGGUGGCCUGAGCCAGGCCCACGCUCUCCCUCUCAGCCCGGCACAGGAGCUCCAGCGCUCUCUGGCCCUCUGGGAACAGCGCCGCCUGCCGGCCACCCACAGCCUCCAGCAUCUCCUCCGAGUAGCCUACCAGGACCCCAGCACAGGUUGCACCUCCAAGACCCUGGCUGUGCCCCCGGGGUCUUCGAUUGCCUCCCUGAGCCAACUCUGUGCUACCAAGUUCCGAGUGACCCAUCCUGAUGCAUUUGGCCUCUUCCUCUACAAGGACCAAGGCUACCAUCGCCUGCCUCCUGAAACCCUGGCCCAUAGGCUUCCCGCAACUGGCUACCUUGUCUACCGCCGGGCAGAGAGACCUGAGACCCAGAGGGCUGCAACAGAGAAGGCAAAGGCAGGCAGUGAGAGGCCAGAGGAAGGAGCAUGGGAGGGGGAGAGGGGGGGCCUGAACAGUGAGGGGGAGUCUGAGACAGCUGUUAACCAAGGAGGUGAGGAUCAGGCCAGAGGAGGUCAUGUGCAGCCAGUGGAGCAAAGGGUAGAGGGAAGCCAGGCUGCAGAAGAGUAGCCAGAAAGAGCCGAGAGGGUUGUCUGGGCCUCCAGGAGCCUCUCAAUCGGCUCUUCCCAGCUGCCAGCUUCCUUCACCACCCACACCCAGUUCUCUGUUGUGUCUGCCACCACCUCUGACUGGUCUUCAUGAGUCCAUCUGCUAGAGAACAGGGGGCUGGCCACAUAGACUAGGGCAAAGUUGAGAGAGUUGGGAGACUCCAAGGCCCUGUGUCCAAAGCCCGUGGCCUCUGUUCCUCCCUAGCCCAGAGGGAUAAAUGUGUCUAGUAAGGGACAGAUCCAUCUAAUAGCCAACUCCAGCAUAGCGGGACGGGGGGUCCUGGCUUCUUUUGCCUCUCCUGCUGCCCAUGGGCAUAGACAGGGUUGCCUGAACAGCUCCAAUCUCUCUGGUUCCAGGGGUCAGGGAGACGGCAGGGUGACAGCAAAGGUCCCCAAAGGUCCCCAAACACAUGGCUCUGCAAAGAGGGGAUGUGAGUUCUGUUGUGCAGGGCUCCAGAGCGAUCCAGGCCCCAACCAGGAUGGCUGGUGGCCGAGACUGGGCAGGCGAAGGGAGGAAAGGAAGGGUGUGAGCAGCCACCAGGCAGGUGGAAUCUGUGUCUUCUUCCUCAGUCAGUCCAGAGAUGGUUAUUGCCCUGGAGGUCAGGUCACAAGAGAGAAAGCACCUAUGUUCCAGCCUUUUUUCAAGACCAGAAAGCUACCAAGGCACCUCAGUAUUUCUGGGGAAUUGGACCCUGGGAAGUAAUGCCUGCUAACAGGAAGUUUCCAGAACAGAGAGAGGGGUUCCACAAGCAUUGUACUCCUCUUUUGGGGCCCUUACAAAAGCUUGACAAUAAGGCACGGCAUAUAGCUUGUGGACCCCACUGCAAGUAAUUCCCAAGAGGUCCUAGCAAACUAGCCCUCAAGGCCAGAGCUGCUGGACCCAGGGGGAAGCCGGCUGCAAAUCUGAGCAGAGGAAAAUGCCCAUGAAUAGCCACAAGAGGGCCCAAACAGUCUAAGAAACUGCAGAGGGUGAAACCCCCUCCAGGGGGUGGGAGGGGUGAGGAGAAAGAAUUUAAGAGCCACAGAAUGUAGGCAGUCACUGGCCUUACAGUCUUACAGCUAUUGACAGCCUGGGAAAUGCAGGGCAGAGACCACGUGCAGUCGGAGAUUCUUAGGAAAGAAUCGUUUCCAGACUACCACGGCCAGUGUGAGGUGCUCUCCAGGGCCUCUGAGCACAGGACACCAACUCGUGUCAUAGACAGAACAACAGGGAGGUAGAAGUUGUGGACCCUGGCUUUCAGAUCCACAUCUAGCCAGUGUAGGGCUCCAAACUAGUCACUAGGCCACCACUGUUUUUCCCACUUCCAUGCCCCUCCCCGGUAGGGAAAGUGUGUAUGAUAAGGGACAAGUCCCAUCUGGUAUCUAACAUCUGGCAGAGGGGGAAGGUGGUCCCAGCUCCUUUCACCUCUCUCCACCCCCCAGAGGCACAGACAGGGUUGCUGGGGCUUCAGGUCCUGAACAACAUGGCCCCUUAUUCCAUGAUAAGUCUUCCCUUCCCCUAAUGCUUUGUGCAGGAUGGAGCACUCCACAGUGCUCAAUAAAUGCUAUCCACUGA